CACCACCAUCAAAGCAAAUGAAACAGACAUCCUCUUCCAUCUUCUUCCUCGAUGGGGCUUUUGCCAGAACCUUAGAAUUCAAAUUCUUUCCCCGCUUCCGCUUGCCACCACUGGCUUUACUACCAUCUUCUAUCUCCUCUGCACCCUCCAUCUCCUCUGCUGCCUCACUUUCUAAUUCCUCCGUCAUGUCGAGCGUCUCAAUAUCCUCUGCUGCAUCUCCCAUCUCUGUCUCUGUCCCUUCAGCUUUCUCAAUAUCCUCUACUACAUUUCCCGACUCUGUAUCUUCUGCCAUCUCUGAUUCCUCUUCCAUCACUGUGUCCUUCGCCACCUCAGCCAUAUCCGUACCUGCUUCCCUCAGUGCAUUAAUAUCGUCCCAAUUGUCAGUUUGCUCAGACACAUUAAGCACCAAUUUUUCUUCCAAAGACUACUCUGACGCAUUGUCGAAAUCAAUUAUGUUUUUUGAAGGGCAGCGUUCGGGUUUUUUGCCACAAGACCAACGUAUAGGAUGGAGGGCCAAUUCAGGAUUGAGUGAUGGGUGGAUGUACAACACGGACUUAACCGGUGGGUACUAUGAUGCUGGUGACAAUGUUAAGUUCGGGUUCCCUAUGGCUUUCACGACGACAAUGUUGGCCUGGAGCGUGAUUGAGUUUGGAGAUUUAAUGCCGCCGAAUGAGCUGAGAAAUGCUCUUGUGGCAAUUCGUUGGGCCACUGAUUAUUUGCUUAAAACUGUCUCUCAGCCUAACCGAAUUUUUGUUCAGGUUGGGGAUCCAAGUAUAGAUCAUAGCUGCUGGGAAAGACCAGAAGAUAUGGACACGGCCAGGACUGUUUACGCCGUGGAUGCACCAAACCCAGCUUCUGACGUGGCCGGUGAGACGGCGGCCGCUCUUGCAGCUUCGUCCAUGGCGUUCAGAUCAGUAGACCCAGGGUAUGCGGAGACAUUGUUGCGGAAUGCUGUUCAGGUUUUCCAGUUUGCUGACAAUUUUAGAGGUGCUUAUAGUGACAAUUCCAAUAUUAGAGACGGUGUCUGCCCAUUUUACUGUGAUUUCAGCGGGUAUCAAGAUGAAUUGCUUUGGGGAGCAGCAUGGUUACGGAGAGCCUCUCGAGACAACUCUUACCUUAGUUACAUAGAAAACAACAGCAAAACCCUUGGUGCUGAUGACAACAUUAAUGAAUUUGGAUGGGACAACAAGCAUGCUGGUCUAAACGUGCUUGUCUCCAAGGAAGUGUUGGAAGGAAAUAUCUACUCUCUACAAUCAUACAAAGCCUCAGCUGAUAGCUUCAUGUGCACAUUAAUCCCUGAUUCAUCUUCGUCCCACAUCGAGUACACCCCUGGUGGCCUCAUCUACAAGCCUGGAGGCAGCAAUUUGCAACAUGCAACAACAAUUUCAUUCCUCCUCGUCGUUUAUGCUAAAUACCUUGAUCGUACCUCACAAACAGUCAACUGCGGGAACCAAGUUAUCGGCCCGGUUUCUCUUCGGAUUCAGGCAAAGAAGCAAGUUGAUUACAUUUUAGGUGACAAUCCGAUGGGAUUAUCGUAUAUUGUCGGUUAUAGCAACAAUUUCCCACAACGGAUUCAUCAUCGUGGCUCAUCUUUACCGUCGGUAAAAGAUCAUCCUGAAUUCAUCGCUUGCAAGGAGGGUUCGAUUUAUUUUAAUUCAACGAAUCCUAAUCCAAAUGUUUUAAUUGGUGCUAUAGUUGGAGGACCUGGAGAAGAUGAUGCCUAUGGCGACGAUAGAGCUGAUUUUAGGAAGUCAGAGCCAACUACUUACAUUAAUGCACCACUUGUUGGUGUAGCAGCCUAUUUUGCAGCUAAUCCCAAUCCUAGCUAG